AUGCCUCAACCGCCAAAUAGGUUCCAAUCGGGACCGCCCUCUAUCUCGCCAUACCCACAUCAAUUCGCGAACCAUCCUUCACAGUCCCAUGCUGCCAGCCACCAACCGCCUGGCUACCUGGGCAAUUCUCAGCUGAACAACCCCUUUGGCGCGGCAGCUGGCCUUGGUGGCCUCGCGGCUGGCAUCAAUGCAGGCGCGGGCUUUGGUGUAGGAAAUCUGGCUGCGGCCGGUGACCAAACUGGUCUGGGCAGCCACGCCGCGCGCAUGGGGUUUGCUCACGGCGCGCAGCUUCAGCAACAGCAGCAGCACCCGCAUCAACAGACCCAUGGCCCUGGAGGCGAACACACUACACGGAGCGGGAAUGCCGCUAAAGGCCGUAUACGCGACGUGUGGCGGCAUAACCUUAAUGAGGAAAUGGCUGUCAUAAGGGAGUUGAUUAAUGAUUAUCCCUAUGUGGCCAUGGACACAGAAUUUCCCGGCAUCGUCGGCCGACCCAUGGGUAACUUCAUCGACAAGAGCGAUUACCACUACCAGACCUUGCGUGUCAAUGUCGACAUGCUCAAGAUCAUCCAAAUUGGCAUAGCACUAUUCAACGAGAAUGGACAAACCCCAGCAGCGAAACCUGAACAACUCGAGUCCAAGGAACUCAGCCCGUUUAUGCGAAAGUACCUUGCAACAUAUGGCUCGCUGCCUUUUGCUUGGCAGUUCAAUUUCCAUUUCGACAUUAAGGAGGAUAUGGCGAAUGAGAACUCGAUACACUCUUUGCAGCAAGCCGGCAUUGACUUUGAAAAGCUUCGUAUAGACGGCAUCGAGCCCAAUGCGUUUGCUGCACUCAUGACCUCGUCGGGUCUCGUCCAACUCGAGGAAGUAAAAUGGCUGUCCUUUCAUGGCGGAUACGACUUUGGAUAUUUCACCAAAUGCUUGAUGGACGACGUGUUACCUAAUGAUGGCUCGCGAUUCGAACACUUGAUGAAGAUUUGGUUUCCAUCAACCUACGAUGUCAAGCACCUGCUCAAAUGGGCCAUCAAGGCUCAAACUCUGGGAGCAUUCCAACCCAGCGAUCCUGCCGCGGCCGAGAUUCUCACAAAGUUUGAGCAAAAGUCAGGGUUGGAAGCACUUGCCGAGUCUUUCAAGGUGAAGAGAUAUGGCCAGGCUCAUCAGGCUGGCUCCGACAGUUUGAUCACGGGCAAGAUCUUUUUCCAGCUCAAGGAUAAAAUCUUUGGCGGAACGAUACCAGAUGAGCACAUUGGCAAGACAUGGGGCUUGUCGGUAGGAGGCACAAUGACAGUACCCUACACGGGAGCAGCCAGUGCAAUCACCAAUGAGAAGGAAAACGCACCGGCCAACCUCCUUAAUGGCAGAACAAAUGGCCCCAGCACUCCCGGCACAUCGACUAUCAACCUCGUGUCCACACCCGCUGCAGCUCAGUCACACAACACCAAUGGUAAUGGCAUCUCGGUGGGGCCAAUGACUCCUGGCGGAGCCGGAGGGGUUCUAAGCCAGUUUUACCCGGCGGCGACGAGGUAG